UGCACAUUGCACUCAUUCACUCUCACCUCACUGUUAGUUUCUUGAAAGAAAAAGUCGUCAAAGAAGCAAGAAGUGAAGAAGAAUGUCUCUGCAACCUGGUUCUAGUUCUGCUUCAGAGAAGAGGAAGAGAAGCUAUCAUAGUAGAACUGACCCCUACAAAGACACCCUCCUCAGUAAACGAAGAGAAUCUUUUGCUGUCUAUUCCAAAGAAGAGCUAUUGGAAGAUAUUCCUGUGAUGAAGCAACGACUAUGGUCUGAGUCCGCUGCCGAACAAUUCGAGGGAACUAUUCACUUCAGAAAACUGUUAGCAAAUGGGCACCCUCCAAUUGAUGAGGUGAUUAAAGCAGACGUUGUCCCUCGCAUUGUGGAGUUCUUGGAAAGCGAUGGUUUACACCAGUUGCAGUUUGAGGCUUUAUGGGUGUUAACCAAUAUUGCUAGUGGAACAUCCCAACACAAAAGAGCUGUUGUUGACCACGGAGCUGUUCCCAAGUUGGUGAAACUUCUCAGCCCUACCAACAACUAUGACGAUGUCAGAGAGCAGGCAGUAUGGGUUUUAGGGAACAUUGCUUUUGAUUCCCCAUGCUAUAGUGAUCUUAUUCUUAACGAACAUGCUCUUCUACCAUUAUUAUCUCUGUUGAACCCACCAUCUCCAAUAUUGUCUAUGUUGAGGAUUACUACAUGGACUUUAUCCAACUUGGUCCGUGGAAAGCCUCCGGUAACUUUGGAACAGGUAAAGACUUUGAUGCCUGUCCUUAAGACACUCAUCCACAACAGCGACGAAGAAGUUGUAUCAGAUGCAUGCUGGGCUCUCUUUUACAUUUCAGAUGUCUCAAGUGACACAACAAAGACUAUUGUUGAAGCAGAAUUUUGCGUAAAACUUGUGGAUCUUCUGACGAAUUCAUCACUUACAGUUAUUGUACCUGUACUUCGGACUCUGGGAAACAUUGUUGCUGGUGAUGAUGCUCAGACUCAGCUUACAAUUGAUAAAGGAUUGAUCACGGGUCUUUCGAAACUUCUUCUUAUUUCUCGGGACAAAGAACAGAUCUACAAAGAAACUUGUUGGACAAUCUCAAAUAUCACAGCUGGGAAUGGAGCUCAAAUACAGGCUAUCAUCGAUGCCCAUAUUAUUCCUGUUCUUGUUGCUAUUGUAAUUUAUCGUAAAGACUGUGAGAUUGACCUAAAGAAGGAGGUGGCCUGGGCCAUCUCCAAUGCCACUAGAGGAUCUCAUGACCAAAUCAGGUACCUGGUGGAUCAACGUUGCAUUCAGGCACUAUGUGAUCUCUUGGCUUAUCCAAACUCAGAGAUUGUGUCAAACUGUCUCGAGGGGCUAGAGAACAUUUUGGUGGUUGGAGAAGUUGACAAGGAUAUUGAUAGAGGCAAUAGCUUUGCUGAAAGGGUUGAUAAGUGUGAUGGAUGGGGUAUGAUUGAAAAUUUGAAGAGCCAUGACAAGAAGGAGAUUAAAGAGAGAGCUGCGAGGAUUUUCAAGACAUUUUGGGCAGAGGAUGAUUUGGUGGAAGAUACGGAUCUUCAGGAUGAUUUGGGCAGAGGAUGAGUUUGGUCAACAAGAUUUUUCAUAUUUUGAAUCAUAGUAUUCUGUUGUCUACUACUCAGCCAUGGCUCUGGAUUUCUUUUGUUUUGCACAUGGGAGGAUAGUAAUUUGGCAUAUUACUAAAAGUUGAUAACCCGGUUACAUGA